UUUUUCUAUUUUUUUUUUACCACAAAGCAAAUGAUGCCUUUCACCGUCUCUGUGUCUGUGCCACCUGUUCACUAGCAAGGUUCUGCAUAUAAUUAUUAGUCGUGUCCCGAGCUAGGACUUUUGCAUUUCUUGGCUCUCCAAGGUGCAAAAAGUAGCCAUCACGAAACCAAGCUAAUACAUAUAUAGCUAAGGUUUUGUUAACAAACAAACAAACCGAGACAUCAGAAUAUCGUAUCUUUGCUUUUCCUUCUCUUUCUCUUUUUUCCUCCAACUUGGAAUUUUUCUUCAAAGGCAAUGUUCCCUGCAGUUAUGUCCAAUUCCAAUUCCUUGUCCGAAGAGGCCACUGUCUCCUGUGGUACAAGAAUCGCUGGACUCAAUCACGUUAUCACAACAACCAUUUCUCCAGAACAACCUCUAAAGAUCAAGAAAAAGAGAAACCUCCCUGGAAACCCUGACCCAGAUGCUGAAGUGAUAGCUUUAUCACCGAAGACUCUUCUGGCUACCAAUAGAUUUGUGUGUGAGAUCUGCAACAAGGGUUUCCAGAGAGAUCAGAACCUUCAGCUUCAUAGGAGAGGACAUAACCUCCCGUGGAAGCUGAAGCAAAGGAGCAACAAAGAGGUGAAAAAAAAGGCCUACGUUUGCCCUGAGCCUUCAUGCGUUCACCACAACCCUUCAAGGGCUUUGGGGGACCUCACUGGAAUUAAGAAACACUACUGCAGAAAACAUGGGGAGAAGAAGUGGAAAUGUGAAAAGUGCUCAAAGAUCUAUGCUGUUCAGUCAGAUUGGAAAGCUCACUCUAAAACCUGUGGUACUAGAGAAUAUAGAUGUGGCUGUGGAACCCUUUUUUCCAGGAAGGACAACUUCAUAACUCACAGAGCAUUCUGCGAUGCAUUGGCUGAAGAAAGUGCAAGACUCUCAGCAAACCAACUAGCCACCAACACCACAAAUCCAUUAGUUCAAUCCCUCUUCCUUUUCCCAACCCAACAACACAACAACAAUUUCAUCAAUCCAUGGGACCCUAACCCUAACCCUAACCCUAACCCUAACCCUAGCAACCUUACCACUCUCCACAACAACAUCAAACCUGAAUCUCACAACUUCCACAUCCCCAACACCACCACCACCUCCACUGCCAACAACAACAUUUCUUCUUCAUUCCUUCAUCAUCAUCAACACCCCAAUAAGAGCAUGAUAACCUCACCCUUCCGUGACCUCCACGAGCGCACGCAACCCCCCUCCAACGCUGCCACGUCAGCACACCUCUCAGCCACUGCGUUGCUCCAGAAGGCCGCGACCGUGGGUGCCGCCGCCAUCACGGGACCCACUCACGUGACUCAGCUCAGCAUGGCCGAGCUAGGAACCGAGACGACUCAUCUGGACUCAGUGCCAUUGCCGCCCGAUCAACGCUACAUGAGCAUGAGAGGCAUCAAUAGUAACAAUGACGGCCUCACGAGGGACUUUCUCGGCCUCACCAACGGCGGCGCGGUUGACGUUAGCAUCGACGUCAAGGAUAUGCUGACGUUCACCGCGGGGAGCGUAGAGUACAACCAUCACCACCACCAACAACAACCCUACCAGCACCACCAUAAUAACUCGCUUUUCAAGCCACAACAAGGUUUUGGAUUCCUUGGGACAACCACUGGCCCCGAAUACUGGGGAAAUUGUGAGUAAAUACCCUUUUUUGUCUAUCAAUUUGUAAGCUUCGAUCACUCCAAAUUAAAUUUUACAAAAUAUUUACUAUAAUCCUUAAUUUUGCAAGAGUUAUUCAUUUUUAACAACAUGAAAUGUUAGAACCAUACUCUUUAACACACUUUUUUUAGAUGCAUUAGUUAUAAUUUAUUAGAAACACGUGUACUUAAAAAAAGUACGUUAAAGAGUAUAUUUCUAAUAUUAAAAAAAUUAACGAGAUAUGUUUGUGUUGAAAAGGAUUGAAUGACCUUGAAAAAAUUAAGGAUUAAAGUAAAAAUAAACAAAAUUGUAAUGUAAGUUACUAAAGUGAUUGAUACUUGCAUUUUGAAGGACCAAUAUGUUGGGUGGGUGUACUAGAAAAUUGUUAGCACAAAGAAGAAAGUGGUUCCAAAACUAAGAGAGUAGAAUAUGGGUAACUCAAUUUGCCUUAUCUCGUACCCUUGCACGAACUUGUAUUUUUAUUUACCCCUUUAGAUUACUACAAUAUUUUGUUUGAGCCUAGCUCGUUGAUGAAUUAAUCAUUAAAACGUGUUUUAGUUUUGUCACGAUUUUCUUUUUCC